CCAAUUUUUUAAAUCCCUCUUUUAAUUUUCUUUCUAAUGAAGGAACUAGAGCAUGCCAAAAACCGAGGAGCGAAAAUUUAUGCAGAGGUUCGUGGCUACGGGAUGUCAGGUGAUGCACAUCACAUUACUCAACCACACAGUGAUGGAAGAGGUGCUAUUUUGGCCAUGACACGUGCCUUGAAACAGUCUGGUCUUCAUCCUAACCAAGUAGAUUAUCUGAAUGCACAUGCUACUUCUACACCUUUGGGCGAUAAAGUAGAAGCCACUGCUAUCAGAACUGUGUUCUCUGACCAUGCAACCUCAGGUGCUUUGGCCUUUUCAUCCACAAAGGGCGCUAUUGGUCAUCUCCUUGGGGCAGCUGGAGCUGUUGAAGCAAUUUUUACUGUUUUAGCCAUACACCAUGUAAGACAUUUUGAUGAACUAUCUUCUUUGAUAUUCUGCUAAACUUUCAAAUAGUUAUUAAUGGUACCGGACUUUUCAGAAAGCUCACUAGAAAGCUAUUCUAAUAAGUACUUUCAACAGGAGUGGAGUUAUGAAGAUGUGCGUGGUUAUGUGCUUGAUUUGAUCAGUUGCCUUCCUUUCUCAUAAUAAUUACGUGGAACUUAGUGGAAAACCUGGAAUUUAGGUCAUGUUUGGUUCAAUGGAUACUCUUUGAUAAAAAUAUGACAAUAAGGUAAAGUGGAAGAGAGUAACAAUUAGGGAUGGAUUCCAUGCUUGCAUCUGGGAUUAGAUAUUACCACUUCUCCCUAAGUUUUAGUUUUUCUUGUCCUAUCACCACUUAAUUAGUAAAACAAAGAAAAAGAAAAAAAAAAAGGCACAAGCGUGGAAAUGGAAUAGCGAUUCCCAUCCUAGGUUGCCACUUUCUAAUGUAAUAACCAUUCCAUUAAACCAAACAUGACUUUUCUGUAGUCUGCUCCCUGCUUUCUGUUGAGUGGCUAAUGUGCCUGCUUCCAAAAGUAAAAGGGAAAGGAGAAGAACUUAUCUCUUAGAAGUCUUGGUGCUUGACUUUCCUGAAUUUUUACUUCUAACGAAGCUAAUAGUUUUUGUUCUUUUUUUCUUAUUCUUUUUAUUUUUUCGGUAUAUUAUUGCAGGGAGUUGCACCUUUAACGCUUAAUGUCAGUGAACCAGAUCCCAUUUUUGAUGAUGCUUUCUUGCCUCUGACUGCUUCAAAAAAGAUGCCGAUUAGAGUGGGCUUGUCCAACUCAUUUGGGUUUGGAGGAACUAACACAUCCUUGCUUUUUGCUUCUCCCUCAUGAAAUAGAAUGGAUUAAAUGUUGUAUUUUCCUGCUCUAGUUCAAAAUUAGAAGCAUCAUGUUAUUUCUGGGGUUGGAUGACAAUCUGCAUUACAAUCACAGUUCCAAGACAGCCAUCUGAUUGGCUAUCUUGGAAAAUUUUGGUAUUUUUAUUCUCUUUUUUGGCUAAUAACAUUAUUGAAACUUC